AUGGCCACCAGAUCAUUGCGGCACAGGUCGAGCCGCUAUUCGAGUCCCGCAACAUUUGGGGACAAAGAGGCUGCACCAAAGCCCGCUGAGAAUGUCUCGACGAGAAAUGGUCAACAGACGAGUCUGGACAAAUGGAUUGAGCCGGCUGUGCGACCUGCGGUCCCCAGCUUUGAAGAUACAAAAGGUCUCGAGAGGGUGGGCGUGCUGGAGAAUAUGCAGCCUCUAGGGACCGCGCCGUCUCACCGAUUGCUACAAAAGCUCAAACUGAAUUAUGUCCGCCCUUCGCCACGACCAGCUCCAGCACAGCUGGAAGAAGUUGUCACCCCCGUGGCAGAGCCUGAAAAGGUGGACUCGGCGUCACCGAUGGAGGAGGACGUGGUGGUGGUAGCAGCACCAACAAUUGAAACCGAGCAGCCUGAAAUAUUACCUGACAACCCAUCAAUUCCUCACGAUACAAUUGUCAUUUCCAGUCCUCCACGUGGCCGUCCUUCUAGGAGAGACGUUGCAGAUAUGCACCAAGCAACAACCGUGUCGCCGUCUCCUGGCACAUUAUCAUUUACGCCCACCACCCAUGUCUCUCCCAAGCCGCUAUCGAUCCAGCAGCAACUCCGACAAGACCGACUUCGCACUCAUGUCGACCGUGCUGUACGCGAAGCACAUCAGAAGAACACGCCAGAUCUGGUGCGUGGGCUCCAGAGAAUCCGGGACGAUGCUCAGAUGAACCCCGACUUGUGGAAUGUGUUGGAGGCUUUGAUCAACAAAUCUCCCAGCUCCGAGCAGUUUAAAGUUUUCAAGCGCUACAUAAAGUCGGGCGUCAAGCAGCACAGGAGAGAAAGUCAGAUGUCAGCGAGCCCAUAUCAACCUUCUCCUCAAAUAUUCAAUGACCUCGCUUCCCCUGAACACCGAGAACGCUCGCCGAAACCCAACCACUUGGAUGACAGUGGCCCCGUGUAUUCUGAAGAUCGACCUCGCAGAAUCAAUCUCUACUUCAACCUCCCGCGCGCCUUAGCUACCUAUGGCCCUGAAGACACGCCACUGUCGCCGUCUACGAUUUCGCGCUCCGCGGACAUCGCUGAGCCCCUUGGAAAGUCCAUCCACCACACCUCUACUUCGUCACCGCACAAGCGGAAAAGAUCAGGAAGCGUGUCUACCAUCUCGUCGCUAUCGUCAGCCCCCUCAAUACCUGAUGAAAUCCCACCACCAUGGGAGCCACAGGGUGACGAGUCGGCAGGGGAUGGGCGAUCACGAUCAGCUGGACAGCGCCAAGCCGCAAGCCGGGCGGCAGCCGGCAACAGACUCCGUUCAGCUGCCAGUGCCUCGACUCUCCCUUCUCAAGCUGGCCCGAAACAGUCCUAUCCCGAGCUCGCAACUUCGUCCAAAGCGAACUCGAACAAAAAGUUCAAGAAGACGCGAGAAGACACCGACUUCGACAUUGAUGAACUUUCCAGGCGGAAGCGGCUUUAUCUAGAUGACAGCUUUCAUGAUUACAACACCAUUCCUCGACCCGAAAGCCACGAACGAGACCCAGUCCAUAGCCAUCCAGAGCGACCUGCAUCGACUGACAAUCCGCCUCCCCCGGUUAUUCAUCCAAACCGCCUGGUUGUGCCCAUCGCCACACUGACAUCCCCAGUGAGUGCGCAGGCUCUGCCUGACAACACCUUGACCAACGGAGCCGGUCGCAAGAGAAGAUACGAUGAGGUGGACAUUGAUGAUUUCGAGGACUCGACGCCCGACUCGUCCUCUCCUGGUCCGUUGCUUGUGCCACCACCACCGGGUGUGGCAAACGCCCACCCACGAGGUGCAACCCCAAGAUCGACCAGGCUUCACCCGGCACAGAAAACACGCAAAUCUGCGCGGGUCAUGGUUUCGCCCAACAAGCCCAAGAAUGGCGGAAUCACAGCAGGAAUUGCACGUGCGGGGCCCGGGCGCGAUGCUGGGAUCGGCAAUUUGAAUGGAGCGGAUUCAGGCGCAGAGGAUAACGACGAGUUUUGCGCAUCGUGUGGUGGCGAAGGGAAGCUCCUUUGCUGCGAUGGUUGUACGAAUUCCUUCCAUCAUGCCUGUUUGGAGCCACCCCUGGAUCCGGAUGAAGAGGUGGAGGGUGAAUGGUUCUGUCCGCGAUGUGUGGCUCGGAGGACCAAACAGGUCCCUCAUCCAUCGGGUCUUUUUGGCCUCGUUCUUCGCCGUGUUGACGACAUUAUCCCGAAAGCCUACUCGCUUCCUUCCGACAUUCGCGACUACUUUGAGGGAGUUCGAACAGGCGACGAGGGCGAAUAUGAGGAAGUCGGCCCUCCCCGCACCCAAAACAAUACGGCCAAGAUGAAUCGGGCCGGCUUCAUCGAAGAACCCAAUUACAAGGAGACGCGCGAUAGCAAGGGCCACAUCAUCAGAUGCUAUCACUGUAAUUUGACUGCCAACGGCCGCGACAUCAUUCCUUGUGACUUCUGCCCGGCGAGAUGGCAUCUGGAUUGUAUUGAUCCGCCUCUAGCCGUCCCACCGCGGCGUCGCCCUGGAGACAAACCGGGUGCAUCGUGGCGAUGUCCUCUCCACGUCGAACACGACCUGGUGGCCGCCGGCAGGCAGAGUGAGAAAGCUCCAGGAGAACUUGGCCGCGUUCCUCGAUUACGCAAGCCGAAGAAUGCAGUGCCACUUGAUGUCAGUGUGAGCCGAGGUUUCCGAAACAACGGAAUCAUCGAAGUCGAUCUCAUGAAAGACGAACCUGAGUUGGACAAAACCAAGGAAGUCCAAAUGCACGGCAAAAUUUACCGAAUUCCUGAGAUGGGUAUCAGACUGGAUUUCAUUGAUCGGGUUAAGAAGAGCUGGUAUGAAGACCAAGCCUUCCCCAGAUUGAUGGAUGCCCCCAAGAGGAUACGAAACCGCAAGUAUCGUCCUGAUGGCGCCGUUCUUCACCAUCCACCUUCACAGACCAUCGUCAAGAUUCGAGAACCCGACUUCUUUACCGGCGCGAAUGCUCUGGCCAUCACCGAGACAGCCAAAGCAAAUGUUGCUUUGCGGAGACGAUCAAUCCGAGAACAGCAAACCGUUUUAAACCUGGCUCAAAUGUCCCAGAGGGGCAUCAACGGCUACUCUGGGGAUGCGUUGGCAGAAUUGACAAAUCAAUUGAUCAGCGAAGCCCCGUCUGACGUGGUGGAUGCUGUCGAAAAGACUGAGCUUGAUCAACUGCUUGAGUUGCAAGAGCUUAUCAACCGAAGACUUGCCUUUUUGGGCCGCGCUACAAACACCUCACGCUCACGUUCACGCUCACGCUCGAGAUCUGUCGAUGCCGAGUCUUUGGACGGGAGCUAUGCUGACGACGAGAUGCCUCCUACCACCCAAGAUCCCAGAAAUGAUACGACCGUUCGCUGGCUCACGUUGAAUAAUCUACCAACAUCGUCACCGCCGUCCACCGAUGAUGGGCUACCUGUCAAUCCAGCAUUGCGUGUAGCUGCUGUGGCGGACGUCUCGGGUUCUAAGAUGGCGAAUGGCGACACGUCCGAUGAGCGCGCAGUGGAAUCCAAACAAGAAGAAGAAGAUGGAGCCCGCCCAGCUCUACUUGAUGAAGCCGCGAUCCGCCGACGCGACAAGGAAGAAGCCGGUCUGAGGUGGCUCGAUGCGUUCUUUCCGACGAGAACUGAGACUUCUGCAAAGUAUGGUCCUACGAAUAAGGCAGCACAGGGUUAUGGAAACAGGAACAGCGUUACUAGGCGGGACCUGUCGCCUUGA